GCCGUCGUCGUCCAUAUCGAUAGAGAUGAAGACGACGACGACGACGCCGCCGCCGUCGUCUCGUCACUCGCACUCUUCGUCGCCGUGAGGAGCGAGGGAAAGAGGGAGCGCGCGGCGGAGCGCACUCUGACUUUUACUCGCAUCCGUCGGACACCCCACGCGGCACGAAAAUACACCUGCGAUGGAAUGCACUGGAUGGAUACACCGCAAUAACAAUGCGUAGGCCCUGCCAGGAGGAUGGGGGCCCACGAUGGGGGAGUGCCACUGCUCUAACAUCACUAUCAUGCAGCUGUUCCACGAGCUGAAGCAGCAGUUCCCCGCGCUCCCUGAUCACGUCGUCUCCCAGUGCAUCGCCCAGAACAGUCACGACCGGGAGACAUGCGCGAGAAGCCUGCGGGCCACCCAGGAGUCCCGUCCGUCACCGGGCGCCUUCCCACCGCCGCCCCCUUGCGCCGGGAUACAGCAGCCACUGCAACCUCAGCAAGCAGCAGCAGCGGGAGGAGCGCCGACGGAGCAGCAACGCGCGUCCCAUCAGCGUUGCUGCGCGAUGAACCAAGUGCAGCGCGGCAACAACGUCGUCGGACGUCCCCAUCGGCCGGCGUCCUUGGACAUCGGCAUGACGCGCCGGUGCCCACUUGCCAGCUGCAGCCGCGCCUCCGGCGCGACGCCGGCAUCGGCGAGCGCCACCCCGACGUCCGCGCCUGCCGCCUGCACGUCGCGCGGCUUCUUCGACGACUGCACCGUCAAUAGCGCCGGCAACGCCAACGGCAACGCUACCCCCGGCUUCGAGCUCAACGUCAACGUCGCCUGCAGCCCCGCGGGCAAUCGCGAUUUUCGAACGGUACCGACGAUCGGUGCCUGUAAACGAAGCGACCUCGUCGUCGUGCCACGGCCUCAUUACGCCGAACCUCUGUUAGCCAUCGGGAAAACCGGCGCGCAGAUCGAUCACACCCGAAGCUAUACGUCGGUCAGUUUGACCCUCAGGCCGCCCUCCUCCGAGCCGCAAGCACCGAUCGAUAUUAGGUCGGAAGGAUCGAGCCUGACUUACUCGACCUCGUCCUUGGAUCCGCGCGGCUUCCAGAGCCGCCUGCAGAUCAGCAUCGGUCCCGGGAACGUCGGCAGCGUGGCGGCCGCGAGGAUCAGGCCACCCAUAGUCCCGAAUCGAUCCACCGACCCGAUCAGACCCAACAGUCUGAUACCGCCGACUCAGAUGAGUCCGCAGCGGCCGCCUGGGCUGCCGGCGGGACCCCCGAGUCAGCUGCCGAGGCCGACGACGACGAUGAGCGCGCCGACUACGCCCUCCGGGCCGUCGACAACGAAUAUCGUCCAGACCUGCAGUCUCCCGACGACGCCUUCCGCGAUGAGCGGCGCAUCCUCCCUACAGCAGCCUCCCUCCAGCUCCGCGGAGAAGCACACGCAGACCGCCUCCGAUCAGAGAUUAUCGCCAUCGAGCCAAGUGGCGGAACACCAAAGGGCAUUGGUCGAGGCGCAACUGAUCAGGAAGGAGAAGCUUGCCAAGGAGUUGAGGAACGAGAAGGGACGACUGGAAGUGAUGAGGAAGGAGCUGCAGGCGCUCGCCAGACCGCAGGACCCUUCGGUAUCUCAAGAGCUAAAAAGAAAGCUGAAGAGCGAGAUAUACCAGCUGCAGAUCGAGUGCGACCGACUCGCCGAUGAGGUGGAUCAAUGGUCCGACACACGAGUACCAUUGGGCGAGACCAACGAGGAGUUCUACCAAGGCAUUUAUACCGGCCAGCCGUUGCCGACGAGACUACUGGCGAGUUCGAAUCCGCCGCCGCCGUUGCCGAACCGGCCGCCAGCCUGGCUGCCGGAAGGCCGCUCGGCGACGAUCGGGCAGCACGACAACGACCGGGAGGAGCGGGACGGGCCGUCGUGGGUCUGCAACAUGUGCACCUUCGACAACCACCCGCUGAUGAGCAACUGCGAGGAGUGCGAAAUGCCGAGGCUGUUGGACAACGGCAGCGCAGGGGAGACGCAGGAUAUUCACAUACGGGUCACGCAUCAUCACAAUUUCUCGCCAAGGCAUACCGUGCACAGCUGGGUGGUAUGAUGUGAGCUGAAUUAGAAACUCAAAGAGAGAACCGUGUGUGUGUACAUACGUUAUUUAAAUUAAAUAAACAAAUUGUACAUAUAUAUAUAUAUAUAUAUAUAUAUAUAUAUAUAGAGACUAAGCGACUGUAAUAGAACGGUAUGGUUAAUAUAAUUAUUUAUUUUAAUUUUUUUAUUUGCAACUGAGCGUACGUGUCGCGUUGUUAGAGUCGUUAUUUAGCGACCAUACAGAGAGCAAAGUCUCCAUCUACACAUUCACACUUUGACUAAUCGGAAUUGUUCUGACAAUUAUAUAUAUAUAUACACAUAUAUAUUUCUCGUCUUAAAAAAAAUCUGUAUACAUAUAGUUCCUCGCGUGGUUCGCACGCGUAUCGUAAAGUGACAUUCGCAACGUGCACAGAAGGUACACAUCUCUUUCUCUCUCUCGAACAUAAAAAUACAACGGUACUUAUCUCCUUAGACUCCUAUUUGUACAAAAUUAUCGCACAAUACUUAAAAUACAAAGUAUUUGUAAUAA